AUGCGAAAAACGAGCCAUGUGCAGAGUCGAAUGAGACGAGCGAGAUCCGAUCCCGUCCUCAUUAAGCCUUCACAGAAGGAUUUCAUGCAGAAUUGGAACUCCGUUGAACCUGAGCCAUCUUGUUACGACCGAGACGCCGACCCUCUAUACGGGAUUCUGAUUAGAAUCGCCGAAUUGGAUCUAUCCGGUGUCCCGCGUCACUCAUCGGCCGAAGAACGCUAUAAGAUGGGACAGAAAAUGGAGAGACAACAGAAAAGGCGACACUCGAUUAUGGUGGCGAAUAUGACUGUGGCUGGAUAUUCGGAUGACGGAAUUCGACAAAGCACCUCCGCACCCGACAUCCUCCAGCUUUACCUAUCAGCUGGCUUCCAUCCGAAACGAGUCUCUUUCAGCAUUGAGGCCAUUCUCCCACCAACAUACCAUAGUGGAUUGAGGACUGAAAACCCUCCAUCACCCUCGUCAAAACCGAUAUUAUUAAGACGAUCGAUGGAUCAAAUCGAUACAAGUCUCCCGUUGACUCAUAUGGAUUAUGAUAUGUUUGCCGCGUGGAGAAGGGGAUCCAGACUAUCAAUUGAUGUUCAGCUUCACAAAUACCAAAUGGAGUCACCACGGAAGCGGCGAGGCUCGAAAGGGAGUCCGUUUGAAGUGGUGAAAUCGGCAUUGUUGACGUGCUUUCAACGGAGAACCUACUGCAAAACGACUCCCCAAGAA